AUGUUUCAGCACAUACGAAGUCGGCGCAGCUUGCGACCGUUGGGACUGCUGUCGGAAUUAUCCCAGCACGGAUUGAUGGGCCGAUUCGAACGAGUGGCGCUCAGCAGCGGGAACGUGUUACCGUUCGACAAAAUACCGGGCCCUCGAAGAUUUCCGCUGCUCGGCAUGCUCAACGAUAUUAUGCACCUGGGGAAACCAGCUGAGUUACAUCUGCGCAUUUCGCAGUAUCACGAGCUGUACGGUGACCUGGUGCGGAUGCAGCUUGGCACCCAUAAUGUAGUAUUCGUACGCGAACCGUCCCUAAUGCGUAGAACAUUCCAGCUCGAGGGUACAUACCCGCGCCAUCCGUUGCCGGACUCGUGGACUUACUUCAACAAGAAGUACAACUACCAACGUGGGUUGUUUUUCAUGGACGGCAAGGAAUGGUUGCAGUCGAGGCAAAUUCUUAACAAACCCAUGCUGAAAGAUUUUACCUGGAUGGAGGAACCGAUCCGUGGUACAUGCGCUGCAAUAAUCGCACAAAUCGGGCAGAACUGUGACGAUAGGUUCGUCUUCAAAGGGAUUGAAGAAUUCCUUUACCAAUGUUCGGUUGAAGUGGUUUUAAGCGUAAUGCUUGGGACGUCCUUCCGCGAAUGUCAACAGUCGGCCGAGUUUCGGAAGCUGGUACAGAAAUUCUCAUCCGUGGUGUACGACAUCUUCCGAUGCAGCUCCGAGCUGAUGAACAUUCCGCCGGCCAUCGCCGACCGGCUCAACGUACAGCCCUGGCAACAGUUUGAAAAGGUGGUUCCCGAAACGAUACGUUUGGCAACUGCUAUCAUAGAAUUUGGGAUUGCCAACUCUAAGUCUCAGGACGGUUUGCUAGAGCUGAUGAUACAAAAGCUUGACAAGCCGUUGAUGAUGCGCAUCUUUGUGGACUUCAUUAUCGCUGCUGGUGAUACGACUUCCUUCGCUACCGUCUGGGCACUGUAUUUGCUAGCAAAAAAUCCAACCCUUCAGGACUCGGUUCGGGAGAAUGUGCUCGAAUCGAACACGCUGGAGUGUACGGCGGUAAAAGGUGUCGUGCGGGAAACGUUACGCCUUUAUCCGGUCGCACCAUUUAUAGGGCGGUUCAUAGAAAAUGAAAGCAUCUUCGGAGAGCACCAACUACCAAAUGAUGUGAGUUAGCUUUCGCCUGCUUUAUAUAAUCUAACCGGGGAUAAGUAAUGCACGUCAUCAUCUUAUACCGCCCAAUAGACGCUGGUCCUACUAUCCCUGUACAGUGCCGGAAGAGACGAACGAUUCUUUGCCCAACCGGAGCAGUUCAAUCCGUACCGAUGGCAACGACUCACUGCAGGCAAUGACGUGACCACACCUAGCAACAGAUCUGGCAAUACACCGUCCGCUUCAUUGCCGUUUGCAAUAGGUGCCCGGUCAUGCAUCGGGCAAAAAAUUGCACAGCUACAAAUGCAUUAUCUAAUCUCUAUGAUCCUAACGAACUUUGAAGUUGGGCUGGCAGAAAAGGAGCAGGAAGUGUCAGUCAAACCGAUUCUCAAGAUGAUUACGGUGCCAAAUAUGCCUGUAAAGUUGUGUUUUAAAACUAUUCCAAAUAGUUCUAGCUAA